AUGAAGCAGUUCGCCUUUCUCGCGUCGCUUUGCGGCCUCCUGUCCACCGUCGCGGCGGUCACCCCCGUCGAAGUCGAGGGCUCGCAGUUCGUGAACACAAAGACCAAUACCCGUUUCCAGAUGGUCGGUGUCGACUAUCAACCCGGCGGCUCGUCUGGAUAUAAGCCAGAAAGCGGCAAGGACCCUCUCUCCAGCGCCGAUGAUUGUUUGCGAGACGCUAUUCUACUCCAGAGACUUGGUGUCAAUACCGUCCGUAUCUACAACGUUGAUCCCUCGCUGAACCACGAUGAAUGUGUCUCCAUCUUCAACGCGGCCGGUAUCUAUCUGUUGCUCGAUGUCAGCACCCCUAUCUACGGAGAGUACCUGAACCGUGCCGAGCCUGGCUCUUCCUACACGAAGGAGUUCCUGCAGCGUCUCUUCUCCAUGGUGGAGGCAUUCAAGGACUAUCCCAACCUUCUCGGUUUCUUCGGAGGUAACGAGAUUAUCAAUGAAGAUGCUGCAAAGGAUGUUCCUGCUUAUAUUCGGGCCAUCCAGCGUGAUCUCAAGGAAUAUAUCGCCAAACAUGCCAGCCGCAAGAUUCCAGUUGGCUACUCCGCCGCCGAUGUCCGUGACGUGCUGAAGGACUCGUGGAACUAUGUUACCUGCGAGUCUUCGGAGUCUCCUUCUUCCAACGCCGAUUUCUUCGGCAUUAACUCCUACUCCUGGUGCGGCGAUUCCAGCUAUACGAAGAGUGGAUACGACAAGCUGGUUGAGAUCUUCUCCAAAACGUCUGUCCCCGUCUUCUUCUCCGAAUAUGGCUGCAACGAAGUUAAGCCACGCAUCUUCACUGAAGUUCAAGCUGUCUACGGCCCAGAAAUGACGAAGGCUAUGUGUGGUGGUUUGAUCUACGAGUAUUCUCAAGAAGACAACGAGUACGGCCUGGUUAAACUCGGUGGAAAGGAUAACACUACCCUCCUUGUUGACUACGACAACCUGCUCGGCCAGUUCAAGAAGCUUGACAUCAAGAAACUCCAGUCCCUUGACCCAAGCACCACCAGCAUCAAGCCGCCUUCCUGCAAAUCUAGCCUCAUCACAUCCAGCAACUUCCUCAAAAAAUUCGACAUCCCAAAGAGACCUGCUGGAGGCAAUGACAUGAUCAAGAACGGCAUCAAGAACCCUCCCAAGGGUAAGCUCGUUCAAGUUAAGAACACCAAGACUGAUACCAAGGUCUACACCAAGGAAGGAAAGCUCCUCAGCAACCUUGAGCUUAAACUUCUCCAGAACGACCAGGCUAAUGUUCCUGGAGAAAACACCUCUGGUACUCCGACGGACGACCCCAAUGCCCCCAAAGGCUCAAAGGCGUCUCAUUCUGGUGCUGGAAUGAAGCUUGUCAACUCUCAUUUUACCUACCUUCUAGCGGGUAUGACUAUACUCGGACUUGUGGUUGCAUAG